UGGGCUUCACUUACAGGACAGCCAAGUUCUUUUGUCAAGCUUAAAGGCCCUUUGAACCCCUGGCUCACCGCCCUCGGAGAGCUUUUUCCACCCUGCCUUUUUUUCCUUCUAGCAUCAAUGAGAUAUUUUUCGCACAUUCCAGAUGACCGUCCUUUGCGACAGUCUCAGAGGAACGCACCGGCGAUGGUAAACAGCCGUAGGGGCGCUGCGGCAGAUUGUCUCAGUCGGCCCGCUGGGUCCGCGCGCUUGUGCCGGGUCACUCUUAUCCAGACCCCUUGGGGGCUGCUGGCUCGCUGGCACACCUCCUCCACGCUCAGAGGGACCGAGGCCGCUCCCCGUUCAUAAAGCUGAACGCUGGUCAUUGUCACAUGGACUCAACUUUCCACCCUAAAAAGGUCUCAAAUGUUGAUCGAAAUUCUGACCAACCCUCAUGGCCAUAUAGCAUUACAGACGCAUGUUUCUGAGAAUAAAUAGGACUUAAGCACUGGUUUGUGUCUUGGUAAUGGGAUUUGAUUUAAAAUUGCAUUAUCAAUCUGUCGGCCAGUUGGAGAAAAAAGCUGUGAUUGGAAAAGUUUAAGCCUGGGUUGUUGACUAGUUAUCAUUCCAGGACUUGGCACAGUGUGACAAGCAGUGGGAAGAAGUGGAACAACACCUGAAGAGACUGGUAGACAAGCUAGAAUGGUUGGUGUGUGUCCCACACUCCCUGUGUAAUGUGAGUCUACCAGGGGUCUUGAUGGCACAUCGGAGGUGCCUUUUUAAGCUUUUUUUCAAAUGUCACACAGGUGAGCACGUCAAAGGUACUGCUCAAUUCACCUUUUGCCGCAUCUCUUGUACUUUCAUUACACUGUCACAAGCAUGGGCACUGAAUCUGAUGAGUGAUUGCAAUGCGGGCUACAUCUUGUGUUGUUGUAAUUAUUAUCCGUUACAGCACCUUCACUAAUCUCUAUUUUGGAUUGCCGGCCGAUGCUAUAGGCCAGACAUAAUUCGACUGUAGGAUUUACAAAGUUAGUACAAUUUGGCAGGCGCGCACAAUGUUCAUUAAAAUUUUCAUAUGAUACGUACUAUUAUUUUUUUUCUCGUGACAGAGGUGUUUCUGAAUUUCGUAGAAGGACGCAUGUUUUAAUUGAAUGGUAGUAAUAUCUGCAAACAAAUAUUGUACCCGCGGCUACCAGAAUGCUUGUAAUAUCAAUUUUACAUAGGAAUAUAAUUGCACAAUUUGUAAAGUGCAAAUAUACUGACCCAUUUCACUAAUGUACUGACACAUACACCUAAUUCAACUAUUUCAAAGUGAAAUACUCUUCAGUGUAAAUUUAUACUACUGUGGGAAAAAUAUUAAUUUCCAUUUUAAAUGCAAUGAGGGUGGAAUGCUGUAAAUCCCGUUGUAAUAGGACAAUAAAGAGCGAUCGCACAAUGGUCUUAAGAGGGAUGUUCGGUCAUUCCAUUGCGAGUUCAGGGCCUCGUAAACACAUUCACACCUCUCUUUCAUUUAAAUGCAGGAUAAGUUAUAGCACAUUAUUGAAAAAUCGAGUUUCACAACAACAUGCAUUUCAAUGCUGUCUGGGAGAGAAAAUCCCAAUCCACAAAUGAAGUGGCCUCAUACCUGAAAACAAGGUAAACCGAGAAAGAAUCAUCGUUGCUUUCUCAGCUCAGGGCAUAUCUUUAUAACGCGUAUGCCACCAAUAACAAUAGUGGAAAACAAUAUUUAAAAAGCCGAAAACAUUUGGGAAAAUAUCGAAUUCCUUGACAAUCUAACAACCUCACGAGUAGGUUUGAACUUGAAAAAGGUCUAUACCUAUAUUGAAAGAAAUAUCAAACUGCUCAAAAUAAAAUGAAGUCAAACUUAUAUACAAGUUUCGAAAAAAGUUAAAACAAAUCCAUAAAUUCGUGUGUCCCCUCUUGUACCAACUCCCUCCCAAGCACUAUCAUUCUGACUAUAGGAAAACAUUCUCUAAACUGAUGGUCUCUCAAAGAUUACCCUAUCAGGUGCAAACCGCUGACAGGUUUCCACCCACCACCCACAAAAAAACCUCACUGUGCCCAAAUCCUUAGCCGCAGAUACUCCACUGACAGACACUACACUCUCGCCCCUGUAACGAAGGUCUGCCGCAGAGUUUGAUUCAGGUUUCAUAUUUAUUCCCUCUGGAUAACACUGAAGUUUUACCACAACGCGAGUUAUUCCACAUAAGCUUUUUUUUUCCUAUUCGAUCUACGCACUUGUCCCCUUUUCCCACAGUGGUCGGGAGAUUUAAAAUUGUCUAUGCAAGGUGUAGAUAUCCCCCGCAGGUACGGACGGAAUUGAAGUAGCCUACCUCUGAUCUUUGAAGCAGCACCUUUAGGAGCAAACAGCGUGCGCGCAAUGGAUUUUUAAACAAGGGAGAAUCUACUAAGCAAUGGUUGCAAAUUGAAUCUUUUCGCGCCUGACAAGAUACCGCUGUCUAAACGGACCUUGAGAGCGGAGCGAGGAGACCGGAGGGGGAGAAGAAAGACUACGCUACAUUUCCCACUGGAUCGUUUUCUUACAACAAGGAAGCACCUAAUGUUGCAUUCAGUGACAUUUUUGCACUCCAGUUAUUUAUCAUUACACUGGGAUUCGAAGGCACCCCCGGUAUUGUUUACGUAAGGAAGCUGGCAGGUCUAUUCUCAACUUCUAUCGGGGCUUUAAAACUGUGGAAGCAGGUGUAUUUCAGCAAGUCAAGAUGUCUCUUCUGCCUUCGAGGUUCAUAUACCUAUGUUUACAUUUUCUGGUCCUCUAUUUCCAGCUCCAGGAAUCCCAGCAGACCUCGGCCGAUUUCAGGAUCUAUAUUGAGAACCACACGCGGAACCCAGACGACCUGAGCCGGAAGCAGAUCCGCAUCUACCAGCUGUACAGUCGCACCACGGGCAAGCACGUCCAGAUCCUGGGCAAGAAGGUCAACGCCAACGGAGACGAUGGGGGCAAGUACGCUCUUCUGGUUGUUGAGACGGAAACUUUUGGGAGCCAUAUUCGAAUAAAAGGGAAGGAGAGUGAAUAUUACAUCUGUAUGAACAAGAACGGCAAAAUAGUUGGAAAGCUCAAUGGAAGGAAUCAGGAGUGUGUAUUUGUGGAAGAGUUUUUGGAGAACAACUACACAGCUCUUGUAUCAGCCAAAUACAAAGGGUGGUACCUGGGCUUCAACAGGAAGGGGAGGCCCAAAAAAGGAUCGCGGACCACACAAACACAACAGGAAGUGCAUUUCAUGAAACGUCACCCAAAGGGCAAGGUGGACCCACUGGAAGAGUUCCGUUUCACCACAGUAACUAAGCGGACACGAAGGGCGCGUCGCUUAAAACAGAACCCCAAAACAAACUGAGGGCCCAAUGGAUGGCUAACGCACUGUUUUCCAAGGAGACCGCAAGCUCCUGGCCGGAACACACCUUAAAGACCUGUAAAAGGAUCAACGACGAAAAAAGAACAUAAACUCAAAGAUGUUUUAUUUUUAUAUUUCAGUAACAUUGAGCAUCUCCUAACUGUUGGAUGGUUCUGGUUUAUUAUAAUUGUUAUAAAGUGUCUGUUAUUUUAUUUAUACUGGAUAAACUAAGGACGAUGGACCCUUAUCGCUAAUAAUUUGCUCCUUUGAAUUUCAAAUUGAAGGCCUUUUUGACAAUGAGGGUGGAAGCAUGCAUUUUUUGAUGUUAUAAAAAGCAUCCACUAGAUUUUAUUGGAAUACCUGUCAGUUUUGUUUGUGUUACCCCAGGCAACAAGGAUCCCAGAUUUUCGGCUGGAACGGGACACCAUGGAGAAAAAAAUGGAGGUGAAACAGUCUGCCUUAGAUAACUGCGUAGCAUUGAGUGCAAUAUUUCACAGUGCCCACUCUCUCUCCCCCAACUUGCUCUCUCUCUCUCUCUCUCUCUCUGUGUUGAUAACUUCUGCCUGAGUCGCAACCUACUAUAGAUGGAAUGCGCUGAACACAUUUCUUGCUGUGCGAUGUCUUUGACAUUUUUGUGCAACCUAUGAUUCAGCUGAACACAACAUGCUUUGACUAGCCGGGCCCCAGAAGGACGGGGUUGUACUUUUGUUUAGCCUGAGUUGAUGUGGCUGAGAUCUUCACUGAGAAACACACACUGCCACCCUCACAAGGGUACAUGGAACAUCUCACCUCACAUGACUAUUUGACAGAGAAAGUUUGAAAAAGCGUGUGAUCGCAACGGUUUUUGCCGAAUCAAUAAUUCAAUGCAUUGUCUUAGGGCUUGCAAAUUUGACCAGUCAAUGCACUAUUUCUUCAUAAAACAAUUGCAUUAUAGCAUAAACCUGACUUAUCCCACUGCACAUUUCUUGCAUACUCUGGUUCAAACAAGCCAAAUGCCAACUAAUUUUUCCUUAUCAGCAUAUUUUUGUGGCAUAUUGGACAAAAUCAUAGCAAAAUGUUCAAAUGGUCAAGGCAAAAUCAAGCAAUUUUGCUAGCAAAAAAUAGCACACAAAUCCCAAUGAGCAGAGGUACUGCUCUCCAAUCAUUUGAUGUUGACUUAUAGCUAUACUUAUAUAAGUUUGGAAUAAUUUUUGGAACAGAGCACCUGCGUUUAUUAGCAUAUUUUCCAACCAAUUUAGCCCGACUAUACAUAAAACCAAACGGUGGGUUGGAUCAUGUUGGUUGUUCAUGGUUCAUUUCACGCACCCAAGCAUCCAUGUUCAAAGAGACGUCCCAAAAACGAUUAAUCUCUAACGUUGUAUUCAGUCAAGCGAGUUGUAAUGUCGAGAACACUGAAGUGUCCAUACAUGUACUAGGAUAGGUAUAGAUUCAUCCCGCCUACACACUAACUGUGCAUCAGCGUUUCUUCUCUUGUUAUAUCAGUGACUGACAGUCAACUAAACGUGUCAGGUAAUGUUUUUUUUAAGAUUGGUAAUUUUUUGGCCAGCUAUCUAAACUAGUAAUUAUGGCCAAAUAUGAACCAAUCAGGCAGGGCAAAUCCCCUGAGGUCCUCACCACUAGGGAGCCCUAAUUUAUGUCAUUCUCACUCAAAUGUCAUGUAUGCAUGGCGUAAGUCAUGGCAAAAUAUAUGGAAUUGCAUGAAAUUAGCUUUAAAAUGACAAAAUGUCUCCACCUAAUGGCAAUUAUUGGAAAUUAGUAAAGUUACACAUGAAAAAACUAUCUUUGCCCUAUGGUAAAACGUAUGUUUUGCAGGGGAUUAGCUGUAAAUUUGCAGAUUUAUUUCUCUUUGUCUCAUGGCAAAGUGAAAAAACUUUCAUGAAAUGUAUUAUACAAUUUUAAAACAUUUUCUCUUCAGGUCAAAGCAAAAUGUGUACAGUUGGAAAAAACAUGCUAGAAAUUAACUUUAAAACAUAAAAUUUAUUUCUGCUGUCAUAAAGGGGGCCACUAAAAUAUCUUUGCAAUGAUGUGUGGGGAGGCCCCCCAACCAAAUCAAGCAUAGGGCCCACAAAAGUCUAGGGUUGGCCCUGGGAGUUGUGAUCCCAGAACAUUUUAGAUCAUGUUACCAUUGAUGACAAAGUUCAGCCUUUAUUCCUGGGUUGAGCUGUAGUAGCCUAUAUAUGCCUCUACCAUCAGACAGGUUUUGUAUGAGAUGCUACUAACAACGACACAUUUAUGAAAUUUUAAAAAUGUAUGCAAAAAUAAUUGUAUGAUUAUUAUGAGAUAUUUAUUGCCUUUCUUUGUAAAUACAACGUGAUGAAUU